CACUCCCCUCCCACUAAUUUUGCAGACGAAACCAAAACACGUUUGCCUCUUCGAAGUCGCAGUCUCCGAUAUCUUCCUGCGGCUCUGCCUCCAGGCUCUAUCCGAGCAUUCGAGAUAAAUCGUUUUCUAUUUUGCUGUCUCCAUUUUUUUUAUUGAUGCUGCAACUUUAUAGGGAUCGAGUGUGUAGGAGAUGGCAGAGGGAGGAGAUGAGGACAUACCAAGGGAUGCGAAAGUUGUAAAGACUCUUCUUAAAUCCAUGAAUGUUGAUGACUACGAGCCUCGUGUUGUGCAUCAGUUUUUAGAACUGUGGUACCGAUACGUUGUUGACAUUGUGACAGAUGCACGGGUCUACUCUGAACACGCUGGCAAGUCUACAAUUGACUCUGAUGAUAUUAAGCUCGCAAUUCAGUCAAAAGUCAAUUUUAGUUUCUCGCAACCUCCACCUCGGGAGGUGCUACUGGAGUUGGCAAGGAAUAGAAAUAAGAUCCCAUUGCCAACAUCAAUAGCAGGGCCUGGAAUUCCUCUUCCUCCAGAACAGGACACCUUGAUCAGUCCAAAUUACCAACUUGCUAUUCCAAAGAAGCAAAGCCAGUCAAUUGAAGAAACAGAGGAUGACGACGAAGGUGUUGAUCCUGCUCCCAAUCCCAAUGUUUCCCAAGACCACAGAGAUUUGCCCCAAGGCACCCCUCAGAAAGUAUCUUUUCCGCUUGGAGCUAAACGUCCAAGAUAAGUUUGUUUUUGUACAUCAUGUAACUAGAAUGAGAUCUCGGCAAUGAUGUCCCUACCAGAAGUACUUUCAUGUAUGCAUUCCUCCGGUUGUGGCUUAAAAUGUAUUUUUACACUCGAUACAAUGUUAUUUUUUGAAAUUGAGCUACCUUGCUAUUAACGAUGUCUAAGAGCUUCUCUUUCUCC